ACAGCAGCACUUCACAUGCUGAUGACAGGACACACGGACUGACCCACCUUUGACCAACAGCUGUCAGAACCCGACACACACCAGGCAGAAAGGCCCCGGUCAGACAGCGACGCAUCAGACAGGCCUUCCCUCUGAUCUGCAAGAAGUCCCAAGCUGGAUCCACUCACUCAAAGUCGAGCUGAACAACAUCUGUCAUCGCCUGUAAAGAUGCUGCUCCUACUACUGGGAAUCAUCCUCCUGCACGUCGCUGCUCUGGUUCUCCUGUUUGUGUCAACGAUUGUCAACGAAUGGACGACAGGAGCAGGCGUAGCCACAGACCUCUGGUUUAACUGCUCUACUGAAAAUGGAGGAUCCCACUGUGACCCAGCAACCACUGGAGAAUGGAUUCAGUCGGUCCAGGCUCUCAUGAUUCUAGCCAUCAUCUUCAGCUGCCUGUCUCUCUUCCUGUUCUUCUGCCAGCUCUUCACUUUGCAGAAGGGCGGACGCUUCUUCCUCACUGGAACCUUCCAGAUCCUUGCCAGUUUGUUCGUGAUGAGCGGAGCCAUCAUCUACACGGUGAUGAGUCCGGGGUGGGUGAAGAUUUCGGAGCCAUCCUUCGGCUACUGCUACAUCCUGGCAUGGGUGGCCUUCCCUUUGGCGCUGAUCAGCGGACUCAUCUAUGUCAUCUUGAGGAAGCGAGAAUGAGCCAUCACUCCAUCCCAGUGUUCCCAGUAACCCCCUGCCCAGCUGCAAGUGUCAUCAGCCCCCCUCUGAAGUAUAAGUUUUGAUGUACCAAAGGGCCCUGGAGCCGCCAGGCCAAUACACCCAGAUCACAGCGAAGUGGGGGGGGGGGUAAUACCAAAAAAAUCAACAAGCAAACCAACACAAAAACAACCAAUACUGUCUCAGUUAAAAGAUGUAUAUAGUAUCUAUGGUUUAAAACCUAUUUAUAACACUUUUUACAUAUAUGUACAUAGUUGUUGUGUUGCUCUGUCGAUGGAUACGUGUAUGAGCUUUGUUUUAGCUGAUUAAGUGCCUCAGUGUUUGUUUGUAAUGAUGAAAUAAUUAGAUGCUAUUUUGUUGUGUUUUCUUUCUUUUUUUUUGCCUUUUUUUGUUUUGCCAAAGAAUUAUUAAAAAAAACAAAAAAGUUUCUUCAAGUAUAUUAACCAAAGUGCAUGUAUAGAAAUAGACGGAGCAGAAGAUUUGGGCUUGCUUUACAAGAAGAGUGGUAACAUCCGUGGAUGUAGCAUAGCCAGGAAAUAUAGAUUUGGUCCUUUUCUAUUUUGUGAAUUUCAGUGUUUUUUUUUUUUCUAUUUCUUAUUU